AUGGUCUCCAGAAGUUUGGUUAUCGUUGCUUUGGCUGUGUUUGUUGUGCCAGCUCAAUCUCAAAGCUUGUUGAGCUUGUUGCCACCUCAACUACAAGGUAUUAAUUAUAUUAUUAUAGUUUAAAACGCCAUUCUGUAAGAAGCAUACAAUAAUACUUCAAUAAUUUCAGCACUCCUCCCACCAUCAGCCCUUCCUCCCCUCGCUUCCUUGACUCCACGUGAUGUUCAAGUAGUCCAAGCCAUUAUCAAUCAAUUCCCUCAGUUCUCUUCAUUGCCACAGCUCCUGAACACCUUGGCCGCUAACUCUCCAGCCUUGUCAGCUUUGUUGAACCAAGCUAUCGCCAAGGCCAAGUCCGAAUUGGCAUUGACUGAAGCCAUGCUCUUGCCACCAACCAAACAGUUCUUGAGCAACGUAAGAGUGUUUCUAUAUAUUUUGUAGGCUAAACCGCACUUUUUAAAAAUUUUUAAACUUUUAAAAAUUUUUUUGUUUUUAGACUUUUCUAUGAUCUUAUAGCUAUGAAACAAAAGUUUAUAUAGUUUGCCAAAAAAUUAGGAUCUUUGAAACUGUUAACUGCUAACGUUUUUCAGCUCGGACUGAUCGCUCAAAAUGCUGCUCUUCAAGCCAAGAGUCUUUUCCAAAUCCAAACUCCACCAACCAUCGCCAACCUUGAAGCCACCUUCCCAUCUCUUUCCAGCCUAGUCCAAACCCCAUUGGCCCAACAAGCCCUCCCGUUGGUACUCCCUUGA